AUGGCUGAGAACGAGGCCGUGAAUUGGGAAGAACUUAUGAUUGAAACAGGUCGGGUUGCCGGGGCGGGUGGCAGGGUCGGGUGGCAGGGUCGGGUUGCCGGGGCGGGUGGCAGGGUCGGGUGGCAGGGUCGGGUGGCAGGGUCGGGUGGCAGGGUCGGAAUGGCAGAGGGGGAGAAGUUGAUUGAUGCAGGCAAGGCAUGCGAGAGGCAUGGGAGAGGCAUGGGAGAAGAGAAGCACGAGAAACGAGAAGCAGGCGAGAAGCAUGGAAGAGACGUGCAACCAUUCACCCCUACCAUAGCAGCUGGUGCCACGGAAAGCGUUCCUGCUGCACAUGGCAUGGGGGAGAGCAGGGAGAACGGGGUGGGUGGGGAGAAGCGGGAAGGGCGGGAAGGGAGGGGAGGGCGGCGAGGACCGGGGAGGACCGGGGAGGGCGGGGAGGAGAAGCGGGGAGGAGAAGCGGGAGGAGGAGCGGGGAGGAGAAGCGGGGAGGAGAAGCGGGGAGGAGAAGCGGGGAGGAGAAGCGGGGAGGAGAAGCGGGGAGGAGAAGCGGGGAGGAGAAGAGGGGAGGAGGGGGAAGGAGCGGGGAGAGCUGAGGGAGAGAGAGAGACCUGUUCUUAG